AUGUCUACAGAAGAUCAUAUUUUUCGUUUGAAGUUGAAAACAAAAGAAUUAGAAAAAUUAUCAAAUAGGUCUGAAAUGGAAGAAAAAAAGUUGAUAUCAGAUGUAAAAAAAGCAAUACAAUCUGGAAAAAUUGAUAUAGCAAGGUUAUAUGCAGAAAAAUGCAUUAGAAAAAAAAAUGAAAAAGUUAAUUAUUUGAAUUUAAGCAACAAGCUUGACGUGCUUGUAUCAAGGUUAGAGAGCGCCCAUAGAUGUUCAUCGUUAGUUAAAGAAGUUAAUGUAAUGAUUCCAUUAAUACAAAAAAUAAAUUCAGAAACAAAUGCAGUUAAAAUAGGGAAUGAUGUAACUAAAUUAGAAAACAUUUUUGAUGAAAUUAGUAUCAGUUCAGACAUAAUAAAUGAUACGGUUCAAACAUCUGCGGUUAUUAGUGCACCAACAGAAGAAGUUGAUGAAUUAAUAUCAAAAAUUGCUGAAGAACAUGCCAUUAAAUUAGACGGGCAAUUGGGACCUGUUAAUGCUAUUGAUAAGCACUUAGAAGAAAUGUCUAAUAUGAGUGAAAGAAUAAAAAAUUUAAAAUAA